CUUGAGUUUGACAUAUAGAUGCCACAUUUUAGGAGUAAUUCUGAAUUUUUGAACUAUAAUAAGUAUAAGAACCCAGCAUUCACUGCAAAGAAAGAGAAAAUUAACGAAAUAAGCAGGAAUUUUAGCCAGUUUCUCAUAGAUUUGGACAAAUCUUUUAAUGAGACUUUUAUCAGUCGGCGAAAGCCAUGAAUUUCACCAAUUCCUAUGAAGAAAACUGCAAAUACCCCUUUACCUGCGUUGUCGUCAGUUAAAGGGCAGAUGAGUGUACUGUACAAUAACAAAAUUUCAGAUUCCAUUCUUGGAAACAGCCAAAGAACAAAAAAUAGCAAGAAGAAAAGGAGGAACAAGAGUGAAUUUUCUGUUUUUGAUCUUACUAACUGCAAAUCUUUUGACGAAUUGGAAAAUGCUAAAUUUUAUAAGAACAUGGAGAGGAAUAAAAUUGUAGUGAUUCCCUCAGUAGAGUAUCGUAAACAUCACUCUUUGCCAUACCUGGACAUAAUUCUGAAGGACAUCCGAACCAUCAUGACCAAGGAACAGAAUGCUCGAAAUAAGCGAAGGAUUAAGAAAGAACUUGAACGCAAAAAGAAUUUGAUACAUUUUGGCUCUCCUUUCAGAAAGGAUAAAUAAACUUGGUAUUGAGGAAAUUAUUAAACAGUACAAGGAAAUCGGCAGGAUAAUGAACAAGCGAGGUCUUAUCUCCAGGCGACGCAAUGACCAAACCUUCUACGCAUAUUUGAACAAGAAUAUGUCUGAUGUUCAGUUUAAAAAUAAGCAGAAAGAAUUUUUCUCGAAAAGUCUUAAGAUAACCCCUUCUUCUAAUGCAGUCCAAGUCAAGAACAGUAAUAAUAAGUUCAAUGCUUUUAUGGAGAAGAAGAUUAAGGAUGAGUAUGAGCGACGGAAUAAGGCUAAAAUCAUGCUCCAGGCUGUCCUAGUUCAGAAAUUUGCUUCUAAGGAAGACCGGAAAGAUAUGAAGGAUAACAUCUUGGUUCAGGCCAACAAGAGUAAUGAGAAUAUAGCGAUGCUUGGGAAAUUACCUAAAUAUAAUGAUGGUAAUGGAGGUGCCUGGAAUAAAGACCUUUUUAAAGCAGAGAACCCUUCGGUAUGAAAGGAGUCGAAACUCAAGCAGAUGCUUAAAAAGGCGAUGAAAAAAUCGCUGGUUAAUAAAGCAAAUAAUGAGAUAAUGCAAUAAAGGAGUAUAUGUCAAGGCUCAGAAAGCUAGAGUUAUCAAUUCUCAGAGAUAUACAGUACCAAAAGUUGAAAUCAGAUCCGGCAUUAAUUGAAGAAUAUGUCAAGAAAACAGAUAAGUUGAAGCGGAAGUUUAGAAGGAAGAA